AUGUCGGAUCCAUCCCUCAACGUGGGCCCCUUUGCUGAGCCUGCCUGGCUCACGACGCUCGCUUCGCCCUUCUACAAUGAGAGCCACCGCCGGUACCAAAAGGCAGUCCGCUCGUACCUCGAGGAAAAUGUGAUGCCGUAUGUCGACGAGUGGGAGGAGAACGGUCAGGUGCCGGAUGAGGCGCGGCUCCAGUUUACGCGGUCAGGCAUGGCGUUUGUGGACAUGCCCGCGGAAUACUCGCACGGCAUCCAGCUGCCCGGGGGCGUCACACACGAGGAGUGGGACAUUUUCCAUUUCAUGAUCAAACACUACGAGGUCAACCGCAUCUGCUCGGGCGGUGUGAUUGGCGGCAUCGGCGGAUCGCUGGCCAUUGGCGUGCCGCCCAUUGUCAACUUCGGCACGCAGAAGCAAAAGGCCUGUGGCAGCGACCUGGCCAACCUCCGGACGACGGCGAAAAAGACGGCCGACGGCACGUCGUACGUGGUCAACGGGCACAAGAAGUGGAUCUCGGGCGGCAUGUCGGCGACGCACAUGACGACGGCCGUGCGGACAGGUGGUGCCGGCUCCAAGGGCGUGUCCGUGCUGGUCAUUCCGCUGAGCAGCCCCGGCGUGUCGCGGCGCAAGAUCCGCAACACCGGCUUCCAUGCGGGCGAGUCCACCUGGGUCACCCUCGAGGACGUCGUCGUGCCCGUGGACCACUUGCUCGGCGAGGAGAACAACGGCUUCCCCACGCUCAUGACCAACUUCAACAAGGAACGCCUCAUCAUGGCGGUCGGCAUGAACAGCAUGGCGCGCGCGUGCCUCGAGGACGCGUGGGCGUAUGCGCUGGACCGGCACACGUUUGGCAAGCCGCUGUUCAGCCACCAAAUCAUCCGGCAUAAGCUGGCGACGCUGGCGCGGUACAUUGAGUCGCACUGGGCGUGGCUGGAGCAGAUUGCGUACCACGCCAAGGCCACAGGGGACGUGGGCGACGAGCUGGCGAGCCGUCUGGCGCUGGCCAAGGUACACGGCGGGCGCAUUCUGGAGCUGGCGAACCGGGAGGCGCAGCAGAUCUUUGGCGGUGCGGGCUACCAGCGCGGCGGCGUGGGAGCGCGCGUGGAGCGCGUGGGCCGGGAUCUGCUGGUGAGUGUGGUGGGCGGCGGCAGCGAGGAGAUUAUCACGGACCUGGCGAUCCGGCAAGAGAUGUCGCAGGCGAAGAAGCGGGGCGCAAAACUGUAG